UGCGCGUGGUGACGUACAGACGUAUGCGCAUGUCUGGUUUGGAAGUCGCUCGUAGGAUUCGGUUGCGUUCAUGCCCAUAUUUCCGGCAAAUUUGAUUUUAGAUGAGACGUAGUAGAUAGCUUCGCUGGAUUUUGAGGAAUUUGGGGCACAGCGGUGUUUGAAUAGAUAAAUGAUAUGGCUACUGAUCAAAAUGGUAUAGAUCAGAAUUUGAAUUCUUCACCCCAAAAUGACGACAGUACUGAUAUUCCAGACUCCACUGUUGGACUUCUCAGAAUGCCCAGAAUUAACAGGUGAAUGGGAUCAAAUUCAGCAUAAUCGAGCAGUGAGACUUCUAAGGGUAAAAUCAGAAUUUGGGUGUUUUUUAUUAAAGAGUCAUCUAGAAAACCAAGUUCUGGAACUUCAUACAGUUAUUGAUGCACAAAAAGAGGAACAUUUGCCCGAUUUGGACUCUGAAGAAAAAUUCUGUGAGAUUAUUGAAGAACUCCGGCAGCAUUUGGUAAAUGUGAGAGCUUCCUUUCAGAAUAGAACAUUAUCUUUGCACAGGCUCCAACUUGGAAAUGCACGCCUUGCACAAAUGAAAGAAAACGACGCCUACAUGGAAAUGAUGAAGUGCAUGCUAAAGCACUGUCGUGACUUGACAAAGGCACAACAAGAAGUUAUGAAGCUAAGAGAGAAGCAAUAUGAAAUAAAUAAGAAACGCAACAUACUAAAUCAGUUGUGCCAAGAAAAAAUGAAAGAAAUUAGUACUAUGCAGAAACAACGGGAAGAGGAAUUGAAAGAUCUGGAAAGUGAUAAGCUGAAGAAAGCACGACUUGCCUUGGAAGAGGAGCUGAAAACAGUUGCCUUGCUUCAGAAUGUGAUUCAGGGUAUUAUUGUUGGAGGGCGAGUAAACUGGGCCUUAGAUCCUGAAUUAAGAUCAUUGGUUCUGAAGCUUGAAAGUAAUCCAGCCUUUGACUAAAGAGAGAAAUACGUAUUUUUAUUCAGUUUUAUACAACCUACAUGUGAAGAUUAUGGACCAAAAAAUAAUUCUGUAAUUUAGUUUAUUUAAGCCAGAAGUUCUUGCAGACUUUUUGCUAUUUUUAAAUAAUGUGUGCAUAUUUUUUCUACAUCCUCUGUUUAAAUGUAAAUAAAGUUGUUUCAGUUAACAGCCA